AUGGCAGCCGGCAAAGCGUCCUUGGUGGCUGUUAGGGUUGCUUGCGUUUUACAGAAUAAGCUCAUACAGAAGACACAAUUAGGCCUUUCAAGUAUUGACAACACUAUCAGGCGAGCGUUUGCAUCUGACGUACUAUCCCAGUCGAUUGAAGAUCCUAUUACACGAAACAAUACGUGCAGCAGUAGUUUCAGUGGACCUUUGGAACAGUACAACAAUCUAAUUCGGAAUGGGUUGCUACAAGAGGACCAACAGCAAAGACAUGCUUUACAGGAGUUGGAUGGCAUGCAGAAGAAGCUUAGAGGAUAUAACAACCAACCUGCAUUCUUCCUUUCAAAAGUAUUCUCCAGACAAAAGCCUCCAAAAGGUUGCUACAUUUACGGGGAUGUAGGAACAGGUAAAACUAUGCUGAUGGACAUGUUUUUCAGUCAUGUAGAGCUAACAAAGAAAAAGAGGGUCCACUUUCAUGGAUUUAUGUUGGAUGUACAUAAACGUAUCCAUCGACUAAAACAGAGCAUGCCCAAGAGAAAGGCAGGGAAAAUGGCAAAGGCCUAUGAUCCUAUUGCACCAGUUGCUGAGGAAAUCAGUGAGGAGGCCUCCCUGCUAUGUUUUGAUGAGUUUCAGGUCACAGACAUCGCAGAUGCUAUGAUUCUGAAGCAGCUCUUUGAAAACCUCUUCCUCAGUGGUGUUGUAGUAGUAGCCACAUCUAACAGGCAUCCAGAUGAUCUGUACAAGAAUGGAUUACAGAGGGUGAACUUUGUUCCCUUCAUCUCUGUCCUUAAGGAGUAUUGCCGAACACUUCGCCUAGACUCUGGAAUAGAUUACCGCAGAAGAAAUCGACCUGCAGCUGGAAAACUCUUCUAUUUCUCAAGUGAAGACAAUGUAGAAGCUGAAUUGGAUAAGCUGUUUGAUGAAAUGGCAUUUAAACAGAAUGACAUAACUCGCUGUAGGUCUCUGAAGGUAGAUGGGAGGACAUUAACGCUAAACAAAGCAUGUGGGAUGAUUGCAGACUGCACCUUUGAGGAGCUGUGUGAUAGACCUUUAGGAGCCAGUGACUACUUAGAAAUCUCUACAGUGUUUGAUACAGUGUUCAUUCGGAACAUUCCUUUACUCACUUUGAAUAAGAAGACCCAGGCCAGGCGCUUCAUAACUCUCAUUGAUGCGCUCUACGACCAUAAGGUGCGGGUGGUGUUACAGGCUGAGGUGCCACUGGAGAAGCUGUUUAUAAAUGAAGGACACCACAAUGAUGAGAGCCACAUUUUAAUAGAUGAUCUGGGCUUAAAAAGGGAUGCAGCCAGUUCACUGUCAAUCUUCACGGGUGAGGAGGAAGUAUUUGCCUUCCAGAGGACGGUGUCCCGCCUUUCUGAGAUGCAGACUGAGGAGUACUGGGUGCAUGGUGAUCGGAGCACUUCCUAGCCAGUGCCAUAUGCAACAAAUGGAUCUCCUCAAUCAGCAUUCACUGUGAAAUAUCUAUGAAUAUUUUAACCAAAAUUGUACAGUUUUAUGCUGCACUUUGUGGGCAUAUUUCUAUUGGUGGUAUAGAAAUGUAUUCCAGUGAGGGAGUGUGAGUAAGACUUCAGCCUAUUAAGUGUUUUAACAAAGAGAGAUUUUUUUUAAAUUAUUAUUUAAAUAUAUAAAUUGCUUUCUUAUAUUACCAAUACCAACUCAUAGAUCUAGUAGUCAGUGUAUUGGGCAAAUAACAGAUAUUUAAAAUGGCAAUAGAUAACAGUUCUAUUUAAGAUGUCAAUUUGAAUUUAAUUAUUUUUUAAAAAUUAACUGUUUUACUCCCAUAGGUUGUUUUUUUAUUGUAUUACUAAGUGGAUAUGUCAGAAACAAAUGUUAAUUUCUGGCAAUUUUCCUAGGUGUUUAGAAUCAUGUCAUUUCCAUGUUUAUUGGUUUAAUGUGAGCCACAAGAUCAGAACAGACCCUUUAACUGAAGCACACAGGCUGUCUGGAAAAUGUGUGGUUAUGUCAGCCAUUAUGAUGGAAACACUGUCUUGCCAUUGUAUUAAAAUAGGUAAGGUGGCCCAGACCACAAUAUAUCCCAUUAUAUAACAAGUGCAGUGUAUAUAGCAGCACUGUAACCAAGUACAGGAAGUGCUGGUUUCCUCCCUGUAUGAAAGUGCUUUAAAUAAUAUUUUAUUUUUAAAAAUUGAUUUAAUUUUUAUUGCUUGCAGUUUAGACUGAAGCUAAAGAUAUUAAAUAGGUAUGUGGGGAGAAAAUCGAAUUUUGAUGAGUUAUUUUCCUCUCUCACACUAGUUCAGAACAAAUUUGCCUCCAGCUGUCUACCUCUGCAUUUAAAACAUUAUUUGUUUUUAGAGUGGAAGGUGAGUAAGUUUAGCAAAGACCUUAGAUAUAACGCUGUGCUGUUUGUGAUGGCAGCGUAUUCGACUGACAUCUUAUGCUGGCCCGGUUCCACGAAGCGGUGCCUUUAAGAGGCAAUUCCAACCAUGGAAUACGGGGGGGGAGGGCUAUUCGCUCGAUGGCUCCGUCUUGUUACUGCAGAGGACUUGGUAGUCGGCGCAUUAACCAAGCUUUUCAGUUGCAUCGGCUCGCCCAGGAUGUGGGGCGCGAAGUCUUGCUCCAAACGGAACUGUGAUAAUGGAAAUGUAUUCGAGGAAACGAUGUAUCAAGAACUCGUUCGUUGUUAUUUACCGCGUGCAGACAUUAGAGGUAAUUAUGGCUUGAUAACUGUUUAAAAGACUGCCCAACAAAUUAAUUCGCCCCCGCUUUUGGGCGCUCAUAAGCUGCCUUCUCUCCUUUCUUGUUAGGUAGUAGCUAAAAGGCUUGAACACGUUGUCAGGAUGGCAGCUGCAUUUGGAGAUAAUGUAACCAAUAUAAUACUUUAUUCGGUGUCGCUAAUAUCGUAAUGUUAGUACUGAAAUGCGGCACCUACACUAGAUAAAGGUUAGCUAGCUAUCCUAGAUAGCCAGCCAACUACAUCACUUCUGUGCAUUCUUUAUCAGUCUGUAGUAUCUCACGGGUCUCCUGUAGUUGAAUUCAACGCUUUAAAGUGAACCUAACUAACCUACAGAAUUAAAAGCUAAUCGUACUAGCACCCGAUACUGAGAGCUGGGAUAUGGCUA